GCUCGCCAGGCGAGGGAGCGCAGCGUUUCUGUGUGCCGGCUGUUUGUCUUUGUUUUGUCUCGUGCUUAUCUGUAUUAUUGUAUACUCGUCUCCCCUCGCCAUGGGACAGGAAUUAACUACCCCUCUUAGUCUAACUCUAGAUCAUUGGCGCGAGGUAAAGACUAGAGCCUCCAACCAGUCGGUGGAAGUCAAGAAGAACAAAUGGAUUGCUUUCUGUUCAUCUGAGUGGCCCACCUUUGACGUCGGGUGGCCACGAGAUGGCACUUUUGACCCAAAUAUUAUCUCUCAGGUUAAAAUGCAGGUUUUCAGAUCGGGACCCUACGGACACCCAGACCAGAUCCCGUACAUCGUUACCUGGGAAAGCCUCUCCUACAACCCCCCUCCUUGGGUUGCCCCUUUCCUGCCCCCUAGACCCUCCUCUCGGGCGCCCUCGGCACCUCAGCCAACAGAUCCCUCCCCCUCUGUGUCCCUCUACAGCCCUCCACCUUACCCACCUCCGGCCCCGAUUCCAGAAAUUCAACCUCAAGCAGUCGGGGGAGUAUCGGACGUAGGCCAGGGCGCUGGGGCGCCCUCCCCGAUCGCAGGAAGACUGAGAGACCGCCGGGGUCAAGGAGGAGAGUCUUCUCACAUACUUCCCCUCUGAGUGGGACCAGGGCCAGGCAACCAACUCCAGUACUGGCCCUUUUCUGCCUCUGACCUUUAUAAUUGGAAGCAACAUAACCCGCCCUUCUCCCAAGACCCUGUGGCCCUAACUAACCUCCUAGAGUCUAUUCUUCUAACCCACCAGCCCACCUGGGAUGAUUGCCAGCAGCUUCUCCAAGUUCUCCUCACGACAGAAGAAAAACAGAGGGUUAUUCUGGAAGCCCGCAAGCAGGUUCCUGGGGCGGAUGGGAGACCUACCCAGCUGCCCAACGAGAUAGAAGCUGCCUUUCCCUUGACCAGACCAGAUUGGGACUUCAACACACCUGAAGGUAGGGGACACCUACGCCUUUAUCGCCAGUUGCUCACAGCGGGCCUCCGAGCAGCGGGGCGACGCCCCACCAAUUUGGCCAAGGUAAGAUCAGUAGUACAAGGGCAAGAUGAGGUGCCGACGGUAUUCUUAGAGAGACUAAAGGAAGCAUAUCGGAGGUUUACUCCCUUCGAUCCAGAUAGCCCUGAGCAGGAAGUGAGUGUCUCUAUGUCUUUCAUUUGGCAGUCAGCCCCUGACAUUAAGGUGAAACUCCAAAGAAUGGAGAAUCUGCAGGGACAGAGGUUACAAGAUCUACUCAGGGAAGCGGAGAGAAUUUAUAAUAAAAGAGAAACUCAAGAAGAAAGAGAGGAAAGGCAAAGGAGAGAGGCAGAAGAUAGGGAGAAUGCAAGAGACAGGAGGCGAAACAAGGAAUUAAGCAGGAUACUGGCCACUGUAGUGAGAGACAAAGAAGAGUCCAGAGGAGAUAGGAAGGGAGGCAGAGGCAGGGCCCCAUUAGACAGUGACCAAUGUGCCUACUGCAAAGAGAAAGGCCACUGGGCAAGAGAUUGCCCUAAAAAGAAAUCAAGAACAAGAGAGUCCACUCUCCUAACCCUCGACUAGGGGGGUCGGGGCCAGGACCCCCCACCUGAGCCCAGGGUAACUCUUCGAGUGGGGGGCAAGCCAGUUACCUUCAUGGUAGAUACCGGUGCCCAGCACUCGGUUCUCACCCACACCACCGGACCCUUCAGCAAAAAGACGUCAUGGGUUGAAGGAGCAACUGGAGCCAAUCGAUACCGAUGGACUACCAACCGAGAAGUGCAACUGGCCACAGGUACAGUGACCCACGCUUUCCUACACGUGCCGGAUUGCCCUUACCCACUCCUGGGAAGGGACCUCCUGACCAAGCUAGGGGCCCACAUUCAUUUCAAAAAUAAGGGGGCAGUUGUGACCACGUCUAGGGGAGCCCCUCUCCAGGUGCUCACUCUUCGGCUGGAGGAUGAAUAUAGACUGUUUGAAGAGAAAAAUAAACCCUCUCCCAAUAUAGAAGGUUGGCUCUCCAAAUUUCCCAGGGCAUGGGCGGAAACGGCAGGGAAGGGACUGGCGACGAAUCAGCCUCCCCUCGUCAUUGGACUAAAAACUACAGCCAGUCCAGUGGCGAUCAAACAAUACUCACUGUCAGCUGAAGCCUAUCAAGGUAUUAAGCCCCACCUCAAAAGACUCCUAGAACAAGGAAUUCUCACCAAGUGCCAGUCCCCCUGGAACACCCCCCUGCUCCCAGUUAAGAAACCUGGCACGGGAGAUUACAGGCCGGUGCAAGACCUCCGGGAAGUAAACAAGCGGGUAGAGGACAUCCACCCGACUGUCCCAAACCCAUAUAACUUGCUGAGCACCCUCCCUCCUACUCAUGUUUGGUAUACAGUCCUGGAUUUAAAAGAUGCUUUCUUUUGCCUGCGGUUAAGCCCUGCCAGUCAACCCCUUUUCGCCUUCGAAUGGAAGGACCCUGAGAUAGGUAUUUCAGGACAACUGACCUGGACCCGGUUACCACAAGGCUUUAAAAACAGCCCAACCCUGUUUGACGAGGCCCUCCACCACGAUUUGACCACCUUCAGGGCCCAGCACACCAACUUGGUCCUACUACAGUACGUAGAUGACAUCCUGCUCGCCGCUCUUACAAGAGAGGAGUGUCUAACAGGUACAGAGCACCUCCUCCAGGAAUUGGGAAAACUCGGGUACAGAGCCUCAGCAAAGAAAGCCCAGUGGGGAAAGUCGAGGCUGUCUUCUUCAGCACGAGCCUUGAAGGAGGAGUAUGAAGGAGAGCUCCACUCAGACUCGUGUAGCCAGUGCUUCAGAGACCUCGGUAGCCUGGCGUCUGAUUCCCAGGAUGCGAAAUUCAAGGGUGGAGCGGCUGAGGCCACCUGGCAGUGGCGGGAAAAGAAGCAAGACACAGACCACAAGGGACCAAUGGUUAAGGAAGUGAAGGACCAUGACUGGAGCAGCCCGUGA